AUGGUCACCGUCAAGAGCACUUCUUCCGAGGCUCUCACCCUUUACGGUGCUGUGCCUCGUCCCGACGCCGGCAACAAGGCCGGAAAAGCGAUCCGCGUCACCACCAAUCUCUUCGCUGCCACCCUUCGCGGUAAGGCUCUCCAGAGUGUCGAUCUCCUCGCAGUCGAGAUCAAGGCCGUCGACGAACCUGCCUCUUCCGGUCGUCCUGGUCGCUCCGCCGGCCGUGACUCUCUUCCUCCUCGCCUCCUUCGCGAGGUCUUCCAGCAUGCCGUGAGCGUCGCCGCUUGCGACCAAGUCCAGGGCAUCACUGAUGCAUUUGCGCACGCGCUCUGCUUCGAUGGAAGGGCUCUCGCAUACACCUGCGUGCCUGCUCCGGCCCAGGUCCUCGAGUGGGAGGUCAACCUGCCUCCCAGGACCGACCUCGCCCCGGUCCCGGGUGCUCCCGGCGCGGUUGCUCCCCCGCCUCCUCCCGCUGGUCGUGGCGAUAACGACCGUCGAUUCGCCAUCAAGCUUUCGCACGCUCGCAACAUCGACUUUCAGCUCGUGCUCCACGCUUGCCGCGGCGACCGUCGUGCGAUCAUGGCCCAGGCCGCCAACCCUGCGGAACUCAUCCAAGACGGUCUGCAGGCUCUCGACAUCGUCCUCCGCAGCGGUCUGCACGGUCGUUACAUGUCCGGCACCACGCAAGCUGCCGCGCGCAAGUUCUUCGACGUUACGAAAGCUAUCCCGAUAGCUCAAGGCGCCGAGGUGAUGCCCGGUUUCUUCCAGUCGGCCCGUCCGUGCGCAGCCGGUCUCGUCAUCAAUCUUGACCCCGCCUUCUCCCCUUUCGUCGCCAGUGGUCCCCUUAUCGAAGUCGCCGCCAAGACUCUUGGUAUGGGCGGCGGCGCCGGCGGCUUUGGCGGUCGUGGUGGUGGACGCGGUGGCCGUGGCGGACGCGGUGGUCGUGGUGGUCGUGGUGGCUUUGGCGGCUAUGGUGGCGACUCCAGUGGCGGCCCUUCUGGCGGACCGCCCAGUCUCCACAGCCUGUCCGAGAUGGACAAGCGUGAGCUGCGAAAGCGCCUCAAAAACAUCGAGAUCCGUGUCACUCACCGCGCUACCAACAAGCUGGAAUCGUUCCAGGGCUUCACGCCUCGCUCGGCUCAGGACACCGUCUUCAGCGACAAGAACGGCAGAGAGCUCACCAUCGCCCAGUACUUUUUCGAAAGGUACAACCACCGUCUCCGUCACCCGAACCUUCCCUGCGCUCAGCUUGGCCCCAAGAAGAACGCCGUUCCGAUGGAGCUCUGCAUCGUCGUGCCCAAAGGCCCGCUCCCCGCCACGAGCCUCACGCCGAACCAGUCGGCCGAUCAGAUCAGGUACUCGGCCCUUCGCCCAGACAAUCGCAAGCGCCGAGUCGACGAGAUCCGCCACGAGGUCGGCUACGACAACGACCCCAUGCUGGCACGCUGGGGCAUCACGAUUAGUUGUACGCCUCUCGAGUCUGACGCUCGCGUCGUGAGUCCUCCUAGUGUCUCCUAUGCACAGGGAUCCCGAGGAGGUCCCGUGAGAGACGGCGCCUGGAACCUCGUGGGCGCCAAGUUUAUCAAGCCCGGCACUGAUCUCGUCACCUGGGGCGUCCUCAACUACUCUCGCGCCUCGAUCAGCGACGUUCAGAACUUCGUCGUAGCUCAGGUACAGUCUCUCAAAUCACUCGGUGUUCGCGUCCUGAACGAAAGACCCAUCAUUAAGAAUCACGGUCCCGACCCGAACGCUGUCCAAGGGCAGAUGCAGGAGCUCGGUAAAGCUGCGUUCGGUGCUGCAAGGGAGCUCCUUCGAGGCGGGAAGCCGCCCGCUCCACAACUCUUGAUCGUGGUACUCGAAGGGCAAGAUCAGUCGUUUUACAACGCAAUCAAGAAGGCCGCCGCUCUCGAUCUCACCACUCCCGUCGCCACGCAGUGCAUCAACACGCGCAAGGCUUUCAACCAAAAGGGACAGCAGCAAUACGUUGCCAAUGUAUCGAUGAAGAUCAACGCCAAGCUCGGAGGAACUAACCACGUCGUCUCCAGCGAGCGCGACCUUCCGCAAUUCGGCUCGCAGACUAUGCUCGUUGGUGCUGAUGUCACUCAUCCCGGCGCUGGAUCUGACCGCCCCUCAAUCGCUGGCUCGGUCGCUACCAUGGAUGGCGGUGCUAGGCGCUACUCGUUCGAGCUUCGUACUCAGACGAACCCUCGUGGUGGCGCUGCGCAGGAGGUGAUGCUUCACUUCAAGAGCAUGAUUCUCGGCCACCUCAAAAAAUGGCAAGCAAACAACCAGGAUCGUCUUCCGGAAUCGAUCGUCUUUUUCCGCGAUGGAGUCUCCGAGGGUCAGUACCAAUCCGCGCUCGACAACGAGCUCGCCGCUAUGAAGGCUGCCGCCCGCGAAAUCCGACCGGACGCAAAGAUCAAGGUCUCGUUCAUCAUCUGCGCCAAAGGCCAUCACGUGCGUUUCUUUGCAAGGAACCCCUCCGACACCGACCGCUCUGGAAAUCUGCCUGCCGGCACUGUUGUCGACACCAACAUUGUCUCGCCUUUCGGAUUCGACUUCUACCUUCAGUCGCAAGCUGGCCUCGUGGGCACCGCUCGACCUUGCCACUACGUAGUGUUGCGCAACGAGAUGAACUUCUCAAGCGAGAAUCUGAUCCGCUGCGUCAACUCGCUCUGCUACUCUUACUGCCGCGCCACCCGAGCUGUGUCUCUCGUUCCUCCCGCCUACUACGCCGACAUUCUUUGCGAGAAGGCUCGCGCUUUCGUCUAUGCCGAUGAUGAUGCCUCGACGGUGGUAUCUUCGGGCUCGGGAGGUGACCGAGCUAUUCGGGAGAUCACGGACGAGGAGUCCAGAGCCAUGAUGGCCCAUUUCCACAAGAACAAGGUCUUUGCCGAAUGUCUCUGGUACAUGUAG